AUGAGUGAAAAGCCUAACAGAUUUAGCUUUAAAGGAAAGAGAUUAAGCUUCCACGAAAAGAAAAAAGAAGGCAUAGAAAAUGAGAGGAGGUCACAAACUGUGAUAAUGAAAAUUGAUGAAACAAAAGAAGAAAAACAAGUAGGAAUGAAAGAAAUGAGUAAGUCACACAAAAAGAAAGAAAAAGAAGUUAAUGACCAACUCCCCUCUAAAGCCAAAGAAAGAGUAUCAAGAAGUAGUAUAUAUAGAAAAAGCCUUGACUUAGAAAGAAAAAAAGAAGACGUUAUUCGUAUACAACAGCCUCAACCAUCUCGUGACUGUUCACCACUUAUGAGGCAAAAUUCUACACCAGUAACUUCUAUGAAAGCUUCAUCAAAUUUAGUAGUUACUGUUCCUAAAAGGAAGGAAUCAUUAUAUAAGAAUAGAAGAAUGUCUUGGAGGUCAAAGAAUUUAAGUGAAGAAAAACGAGAUAUUUCAUUAGUUGCAAUGGACGAAUAUUCACCAAAUGUUUUAUCAGAUAAAGAAUUAAAGGAUAUAUUAAAAAAUGAAGAGAAAAGACAAAAAUUAAUAAGUUCAAGUGACUCAAAGAAAAAAUGUGAAAUUGUAUUAGACAUUCAGUGUUUAAGUUAUCAUGUAGUAACUACUCUCAAAGAACAUUUACAAAAUACAAUUUCUCAAAUUACUGAAAAGUAUCUUAAAACAAACACAAAGGAAAUUGUUAAUAUUUCUGAUUUAAUAUUUAAAAGCCAAACAGGAAAGCCUCUGUCAAAAAACCUAACACUGAGAGGAGUAUUAACAUUAAAUAGUACAUGUAUAUUUGUUUGUUACAAUAAUAGACCAUUUUCAUUACCUCAUAUUUAUCCCACUGAUAUCAGUAUUACUAAUCCUCGAGAUGCCAUUCCUCAAGUUGUAUUUAAUCUAUGUUGGUGGAUUUAUACCUAUGGUUAUUUAGUUGAAGGAAUUUUUAGAGUUUCUGGAAAUAGUGAUUUCACAAAGAAAAAAGCAGAAAAAUGUGUUAUGUGUGAUACUUCUUUUCUAUUUCAAAUGCAUAGAAGAGCAAGUGAUGUUCAUAAUGUUGUAGGGACAUUAAAAACAUACUUAAGAGAAUAUACAGAUGGAUUAAUAGAUUAUUCUGAGGUAAAAGAUGUUUCAGCUCAUUCAUCAAAGUCAGUGGAAUUCGCAAUUGAGGUUUUACAUAAAACACCUAGAGAACAUGUCUUAUGCAUUUGUAUAUUAUAUGGAUUAAUCAAUAGACUAAUCAAAUAUAAUUCUAUUCAUAUGAUGACAUUAAAGAAUUUUGCAAUAAUUUUAGGACCAUUGGUUAUACACCCAUUACCAGGAACAAAUGCAGUGAACACAACGUGCAAUCAAAUUGACUUUAGUAGUAUAAUUAUUAAUAAUUAUGAUUGUUUAAUGAAGCAAUUGGGGGUGUCUAAUCCAUUUGAAGAGUUGCCUGAUCGAGAUGAUAUUCAAAAAUUUGAUAAAAGUGCUGUUGAUAAAUCUCUUAAAACCAUUCGUUCUAUGUCAAUAGAAACACCUUCUGAGUGUGAAAAAUUACGAAAAUUGAUGGAAAGCCCUGAUGUUGUUCAAUACAUUCAAACUUUAGAUCCGUCUUUGCUGAUUGAUGUAAUAUCAAUCAUCACCGAUUGUUUGGAUUUUUAA